ACACAGGAUGACAACUUGCAGAGUUGAAGUCGCCGCCGUGUCGAUAAGGACUGAACUGCAGAUGCAGCCGAGCGUUAAGAGGAGGAGGAGAAGGGUCGCGCAGAGUCAGAGGUGCUGAUCCAAUUUACGCAUCACUUUAUUUCCAUUUCAGCGCAAACUCCGAGCAGAGAGAGGGGAACGAUUCCUGCAGCGGUGCUGGGGUUGGACGUCUUCUUCCACAUUUCCUCACCUGAAGUGUCCCUCACCUUCCCUCCCCGGCUCGAUUGAAGGAAAACCACUUGACAGACUUGAAGAGCUUUGCCCCGAGGCGAAGCAGAGCUCAUAUAUAAAGCCGGGUGAAGGACACUAACACGCUGAGAAGUGGAAACUGUGGCUGCAUCAACCAUGGAGGUCUAUAUCACUUGGAGGAAACUUACUUUGCUCUCAUUCACCUUCGUGUGGGGGCUCUCAGGCGUAUGGGCCCAAAUCGUGAUGCCCCAAACAAAUAUGGAUGCGAUCAAGGGUCAGCUGGUGGUGCUGAGAGCCUCGUACAGCACGCAGACAAACAGUGACCCUACCACACACACCAUCAUCUGGAACUUCGUCUCUAACAACAGCCAGCUGAUCAUCUCCUACACCAAAGGCUCCAUGAGCUUGGGGAGCUCCCAGUUUAAGGGCCGCGUUGGUUUCAACUCCAGCCCGCCCUCGAAUAGGGAUGUUUCAAUUUAUAUCAACAACACCAAGGAGUCUGACUCAGGACGGUACCUCUGUCAGAUCAUCAUUCCUGAAGAUCCAGGUUUAACCAACGAGCUCAGCCUGGACGUUAAGGUUCCUCCCGCUGUUCCUAAGUGCUCUAUAUCAGGGAAGGCGGUGUUGAAGGGAAAUGUGACUCUGAGCUGCAGUUCCAGUUCUGGGAAGCCCAUUCCUAUGUACAAGUGGAGGAAAACCAGUCCCACCAAUGAGGUCUUCUUCUCACCCAUGCUCAACGAGAAGGCCGGCACUCUGAAGCUGAGCAACCUGAGCAGUAACAUGUCAGGGAAGUACGAGUGUCUGGCCAGCAACUCAGCUGGAACACAGGCCUGCGUCAUCAACCUGGAGAUCAUCUCCACCAACAGAGCUGGGGUUAUCGCUGGCGCCACGGUGGGCUCAGUGCUUGGCGCCCUCUUCCUCCUCCUUAUCUGCUAUUUCUUCUUGGUGAAGAAGCGGAGAGACAUUGAGGACGACAUGGCCAAUGAAAUCAAGGAGGACGCUCAAGCUCCCAAACGUGUGUCCUGGGCUAAGAGUGGCAUGGGUUCAGACAUCAUCUCCAAGAAUGGCACCCUGUCCUCCAUCGCCUCCAGCCCUCACCACAAAGAGUCCUCCCACCACAACAACCACCACCACCACCACCUGCAGCAGUACCCCCAGCGCCCGCCCUCAGACACCGCCUCCAUCAUCACCGCCACUGGCAGCAUGUCCGGUUACCGACCAUCCCGCCACCAUGGCGCCUCCACCCCCACCCACUACAGCUACAACAACAAUACCACCCUGCCGUGCGGACAGCCCGUCCCCUCCGAGGCCAGCACCAACGGGAGCUCCCUGCCCAGACCUGAACGCUCCACCCAGCUGCCCCAGGCUCAGGUGCUGCCGCAGACCUACAACCAGGCCGUUCCUCGGCCGCCACCACUGCCCACCUCCACAGUCACAGCCUCCAACAUCACCCGCAUGGGAGGGGUGCCCAUUAUGGUGCCUGCACAGAACCAGGCCGGAUCUCUGGUCUAACAUCUGCCAGCGCUGGUUCCACAGUGCUGUUGACAGAAGCCCUUCACACUCAAAAAAAAAGGGACGUCUGCUGAUUUCUUUUUUUAUUUCUUUGUCUUUAAGGGAACGUUUUAAUUACUCUUUUAAAGAAUUACUCUAGAAGAAAAGAUCAAACUCACUUAUUCGCGCCAAGACGCUUCAUGGCAAGACUUUCAGACACAAACUGUUUACUUGCUUUAAGUAUACGUAUGUGUUUUAUAUUCUGUAUGCACUGUAUUUGUCAUACAUUUGUCCAAUAUCCUCUUUUCUACUGUACCUGUUUUUGUUUUUUUUUAGCUUUAAAAUGUAUAAUGUAUUACACGUUUUUAAUUCUGUCGUACUAAUUCCACAAAGUGAACAGCACCGGGUCUUACAGAAGAAGAAGAAGAAGAAGAGUUCUGCAGGUCUGCUGCACAUGAUCCAUCAUCUUUACUUAAAAACUACCCAAGGGAGGGAUAAUCAUGACCAAUAUAGGUUUAAGCACAUUAUAUCAGCACUGUCUGGAGGAGAGAAUGCUGCUCAAAGGGAAGCCGGUGAGGACAGAGUGUAAUAUAUGAAGUUCUAUAAAUGAAAGAUAAAACAAUUUUAUAUGAUAAAGUAUCCUAUACUUGUUUUUGGCUUUACUUCUCGCAGUAGUUCAUCCUAUAAAAUGUUUUAGACUCAAUUGUUUAGACACAGAUUAGUAAAAGAUUUUUUUUUAAUGAUAAAUAAGCACUAUUCAGAACUGCAGUAUGUUGCGGAUACACACUUGAGUUGUAAUAAUUUAAAGUUGCCUGCAGCGUUGGAAAUUGUAAAUAUGAUAUUUAUUUUCUGUUAAAUGUGUGACAUGCAGCAUAACAUAUUGUCGGCCACAGCCUGUAUACACUGCCUGCGACACUGGAUACCGAACCAAAGAUAUACAGUACGUAACGCUUCAGUUCGUCAACACGCUCUCUCUCUAUAUAUAUAUAUGCUGUAGUUUAUUUUAUGGUGUAAAGGACAAAAAAAAACUGUUUUAAUGAACGUGACAUGGAAGAAUUCACUGCCAAACGCUGGAGGCUGGAGGUUUUUUUAGAUGAAUGAGAAAUGAUAACAGGAAGUUUUGUGAAGAGUCUUCAAGGUGCCUCAUGAGAGAUCUCCUACCAUAGUGAGAAGAUGAUGAAGUUUGAAUUUCCCCUUAAAGUUGGAGGAGUACAUUUGCAGCCUACAGAGUAUUGUAGCAAAUAUACAUGUCGGAUUAAUACUACUGAAGCAGAUAAACACUGGAGGCUGGUUUUCAUCUUAAAUGAAUAAAUAUCAGAACAGCUGAAGCUCAUGAUACGUAAAGACUGCUCCACUCCCAGUCAUUAUGAUUCUACUCCGUUUUUAUAUUCAUUGUUAAAUGUAUGUCAGGGUCAGAAUGAACCCACGAUGGCUUCAGACUUAAAGGUUAAAGCACGUUUACACAGAACGGUUUGAGAAGGUAACACGGUCGGUGAUAUCUCGAGUAACUUAAGCAGUGUCAUUUUUAAUUGUAACUUCUUUUCCUGGCCACGUUCAAGUCACACAAAUGCCUCCUUAAGUAUGAUUUGAUGAGGAAAAGAAAAGAUCUGCUGUAUUGUCGAUACACUGGAGCACAUGUUUGGAUGUUGGAAUAAUCUGAAGUGAACCGAAAAGGAAACAUGAGGCAGCGACAUGUGAAAGUGUGUGGAGUACAUUAUGAACUUUUAAAUGUAUUCGAGACAAGCCUUUAUUUUUAUACAGUGUAUGUGUAUGUAUAAGAGCACAUGAGCAGAGUUUAUGAAUAGUAAGUGCUUAUUGUCAGUCAGUUAUAAACCAUGAUGGAUUGUAUAACUACUGUGGCCAAACUUGUGCUCAUGUACAGUAUACAGAAGGCCUGAACUGUGGACGUUAAUGUGCAGUGUGCACUUGUAUCCUCCAUAUUUAUGUUCAUGGAAAACGCUUUGUAUAAUAUUUUCAAUUAAAAGAGAAG